AUGGAUAGUUAUCACAAAGCUCACAGACAGACUUCUUCCACAUCAAUCGGCAAGAUAUCAAUAGACCUCAAAGAGGAAUUUGAUGAAGAAAAAUAUAAGGAAGAACAACAAAUAGAUGAAGUUAUUAACGAAUCUUCAUGGGUUGCCGGUAAAACAGAGAAUAAAAUGGCAUCAGCACCAAGUUUUGGUGAUUUGAUGGCUGAAGAACAAACAAAAAAGAAACAGCGCAAGAAAAAAUCUCAACCAGCCAAUCCUUCAUACCAAAAGGCUAUUGAACGCCCUGUACCAUCGAACCAACCACUUCGUCAACAAGAACCAUACCCAGAAAACGAAAGUAUUGAAGGCGAAGAAGUUUGGGAUUCAGCUACAGGCAAAAAAACAUUCAUCCCAUACGUAAAAGAAGAGCCAGCUGAUGUUUACUACGAUGAUGGUAAUCAGGACUUCGCAGAUGAUGAUCAACAGGGUGGCUACGGCGGAAGAGAUGGAUACGGACGCAGCAGCUACGGACGUGGCAGUUACAAUCGCCGUGGUGGUGGCCAUGGUUACAGAAAUGAGUUUUACGAAGAUCGCGGCGGUGGAUAUGGAAAUCACUCGUAUUCCAAGGGCUAUGGCAACCAAUUCUACGAUAGUGGUAAUGUAGAUGACUACCAAGGCUACAGAGGACGCUCUUCUGGCCGCGCUGGCAACUCAUAUUACGGUGGUCGCAAACAACAGCCACAGCCAAAGAUUUCAGCAACAGAAAAGUACGGAGAUUACACAAAGAAGGCCGAUGGCUCUUCUCCAGAUUCUUCAAAGAGAACUGAAGCUCCAAUUUUCGAACUCGGAAGAAAAGCUCAGCCAACUCCACCUCCAAUCGUUCCUACUCCAAAGCAGCAGCCACAGCCACAACCACAGUCGCAGCCAACUAUCCCUACCUUCAAUCCGGUAAGAAAACAACCAGAUCCACCAAAAAUCCAAAAUGCGGAAAAACCUGUUGAAAAACAAGCUGAAAAAGAGGAAGAAUGGAACCCAGAUGAUGAAGGAAACCAGUAA